CCCCAUGAGCCGGCGGAGAGCCACGGGCGAGGCAGCGAGCCGGGGCCGGGGGCUGCACUGAACCCCGGAGGGCGGGAAGGGGGAGAGCGCCCAGGACGGGACCAUGUACCGGGACCCGGUGACAGCCGGCGGCCCAGGGGCACCCUCCCGGGACGUCCUGCUAGUGUCCGCCAUCAUCACCAUCAGCCUUAGUGUCACCAUCGUCCUCUGUGGGAUCUGUCAAUGGUGUCAGCGAAAACUGGGCAAACGCUACAAGAAUUCCCUAGAGACCGUGGGCACCCCAGACUCUGGGCGUGGGCGCAGUGAGAAGAAAGCUAUCAAUGAUGUAGACAGAGAAUUUUGGAAUAACAAUGAGAGCACAGUGCAGCAGAAAUGGAGCUCCUACCCUCCCAAGGAGUUUAUACUAAACAUUUCACCCUACGCCCCUUAUGGCGAUCCGCGACUAUCCCUCAAUGGCACCCUCCUGGCAGGCGCCAAAGUGGCCGCCGCGGCGGGGCUGGCAAUGGAACGGGAAGGCCGGCCAGGGGAGAAGCGGGCGCCACCUCCGCCACUGCCCACAGAGGACGCCAUGAGGAGCAGCGUGUCUGCCCGCAGCGAGCCCAGCAAUGGGAAGGCGGGGAGAGGCCGAUGGCACACGGUGCAGAGCCACCUCGCCAUGGGGAAGCUCAGCCGGUCCAAUUUUGAGGACUCCACCUUGUCCACGGCCACUACCCUAGAGUAUAUCCCCAGCUCGGCGGGGGACCCGAAAUGCCAGCGACCCCGCACCCUGCUCCGGCAGCAGAGCCUCCAGCAGCCACUGAGUCAGCAGCAGAGGGGCCGGCAGCCCAACCAGCCUACUACCAGCCAGAGCUUGGGGCAGCUCCAGGCCCACACGAGCUCGGCCCCGGCUGCCAGCAACCCCCGAGCUCAAGGCCAGGGCCAGGCCCGCCAGGGCACUGCGGCUGGUUCCAAGUACCGGGCGGCAGCUGGGGGCCGCAGCCGCUCCAACCCAGGCAGCUGGGACCACGUUGUGGGGCAGAUUCGAAACCGAGGCUUGGACAUGAAGUCCUUCCUGGAAGGCCGGAUGGUGGUGCUAUCCUUGGUGUUAGGGCUCUCGGAACAGGAUGACUUUGCCAAUAUCCCUGACCUGCAAAACCCAGGAACUCAACAGAACCAGAGCGCUCAGGGGGACAAGAGGUUGCCAGCAGGUGGGAAGGCUGUGAAUACAGCCCCUGUCCCGGGCCAAACGCCCCACGAUGAGUCCGACCGCCGGACUGAGCCUCGGUCUUCUGUCUCAGACCUUGUCAACUCCCUUACCAGCGAGAUGCUCAUGCUGUCCCCAGGCUCGGAGGAUGACGAGGCCCACGAAGGCUGCAGCCAGGAGAACCUGGGCCGGAUCCAGUUCAGCGUGGGUUACAACUUCCAAGAGUCCACCCUCACCGUGAAGAUCAUGAAGGCCCAGGAGCUGCCAGCCAAGGACUUCAGUGGCACCAGCGACCCCUUCGUCAAGAUCUACCUGCUCCCCGACAAGAAGCACAAGCUGGAGACCAAGGUCAAGAGGAAGAACCUGAACCCCCACUGGAACGAGACCUUCCUCUUCGAAGGCUUCCCCUAUGAGAAGGUGGUGCAGCGGGUGUUGUACCUGCAGGUCCUGGACUAUGACCGCUUCAGUCGUAACGACCCCAUUGGGGAAGUGUCCAUCCCACUUAACAAAGUGGAUCUGACCCAGAUGCAGACAUUCUGGAAGGAGCUGAAGCCAUGUAGCGACGGGAGCGGAAGUCGAGGGGAACUGCUCCUGUCCCUGUGCUAUAACCCCUCUGCCAACUCCAUCAUUGUGAACAUCAUCAAAGCACGGAACCUCAAAGCCAUGGACAUCGGGGGCACAUCUGACCCCUAUGUGAAGGUGUGGUUGAUGUACAAGGACAAGCGAGUGGAGAAGAAGAAGACAGUGACCAUGAAGAGGAACCUGAACCCCGUCUUCAAUGAGUCCUUCAUCUUUGACAUUCCCACAGAGAAGCUUCGGGAGACAACCAUCAUUAUCACUGUCAUGGACAAGGAUAAGCUUAGCCGGAAUGACGUCAUCGGCAAGAUCUAUCUGUCCUGGAAGAGUGGUCCUGGUGAGGUGAAGCAUUGGAAGGACAUGAUUGCCCGUCCUCGGCAGCCCGUGGCUCAGUGGCACCAACUGAAGGCCUGAGUAGGGCCUGGGGAGGCCCGGGGGUGGGGCUAUGGGCCCAUGGUUUGGGGGUCACGCCUUCACAUUUUAUGCACAAUGCCCCGGGUGUGGCUCCCCCAUUGGGUGGGGGGAAGGACCCCUGUGGGCUCAGCCAGGGAGGGGGCCCAGGACUCAGUAUGGCCGUGUUUCUAGGAAGCGUCAGCCCCUCCCCCAUUUGGGGGGGGCCUUUGGGAGCCAUUUUCCUGCUUUCCCCUUUUCUUCAACUUGCCGACACUAAAGAAACAGGAGUGGGGAGAGAGAGAGAGGGAGAGCAAGAGAGAUGGAUGGACAGAGAGAUGGACAGAUGGCAGGACAGAGAUCUCUCCAGAGGCCCCACCUGGCGGAGCUUGGCUUGUCCGCCAUUUUCUUUAAGGUGGCUUCUGGAGCUGUGGGCUGGCCGAGCUUCAGCCAGCCACUGGUCGCAGUGGGUGCGACACGCUAAGGCCGCGGCGAUUGGCCCGGCCAGAAUGGCCCUCCUCCCCUCUGGGGUGUUGGGUUUUUUUUAAGCUGUCUGGGGGCCCCUGUGUGCCAAGGGGGUAUAAAUAGCCUGGCUUCAGAGCCAAGGUCCUGUGUACACGUGCUAUGUUCAACCUUUUUGUGUGUGCACGCCCGUCGUGUGAAUGUGUGUGGGGGAGCCCAUUGUCGGGGGCUCCAGAUGGCUCGCUGAGAUGGUACUGAGGUUGUGCUGAGGGGUGGGGCUUUGGAAAAGGUGAGGGGUGCAGAGAAAGGAGAAGGGAUAGAGAGAAAAUGGUGGGAUAGGGAAAGCGGAGGUGAAGGAAAGUUUGAAGGGCAUCUAUAAGGAGAAAACAAAAGGAAGACAGGGAGAAGAAAGGAGAGACAGCACUGUUUGUCCCACACGUCCAAUAUCCCAUCAGAUCUAGAGCUGCAAGACAGUUUUUCCAAGCUCCUCAUUUUUCAAAUAAGGAAGCAGACGCCCAGACUCACCCAAUGUCCUAAGUAGCAGAGCUCGGACAUGAACCUUGGUCCUCUCUUUUCCAUGUCCAGUGCUGUUACUGCUUAAAGACUGGACCUUCGUGCUGGUUUGAGAACAAGGAGAAGGCUGUUUCCUGUUCUAAUCUCUGCUUCCAGUUCUUGGAGACCAGGGUAUUGUGUCUGAAUGAUUUCCAAACUGUGUUUCUGGCUCUCCCCACCACGGAAUGGGGCUUCUGCAGAAAAUACACAUGCUGGCUCUCAUUUCCCUUCUCAAACAUGAAGUAUGAAAUUCUGUAGGUAUGAAAAAUACUUAGUACAUGUGGUAUUUUUUUAGUAUAAAAAUAGGUGUAGGAUCCUAGGAGUUAGAGUGAAAAGGGCCCUUUUAAGACCCUCUCAUUUUUGAAAUAGGGAAACUGAGGCCCAGAGGGUUAGGUCACUGAGUCAAGAUUACAACAGUAGUAAGUACAGAGCUGAGAUACGAACCCGUGUCCUUUCGCUUGUACAAAUUUGGCCCUAGUUUCACUACCUCCCACUCCCCCUCUUCUGUUCUGCUUCCAUGUGUCCCUGGCCCCAGCCUCACGUUCUCCCUAGAGACGCCCAGACCAACAGUGAUCAGUUUCUAUAACCAUAGUUCAAGCGUCUGAGUGCUCCAUGGCCAACUUGGUACAUCACCUCCUUGUGAGCUAAGUCUCCAAGGCUCUUCCAAUAAAUAAUCAAUCACUCCCAGGGCCAUCUCCCUUGCUGGGUGACCCCAUUGCUGAGAAUUUUUAAGUAGGCCGGUCCCAGUCACUGCCCCUGGCAUGGAUGCACAGUGCCCAAGUGGGCCUUGGUCCAUCCCUGGAGCCUUCGAGGGGGUCCUGGCCCUUCCUUCCCCAAAAAGUGGUACCAUGUUGUCCUCCCACUUCCAAAAUCCCGUUGCCUUCAUUGUCACUUGGAAAAGCACUCCUUCCCGCCCUGUCAGGUCCCUCUCCUAGACUUCUGGAUUUCUCCCCUGUUCUUUCAGACCCCUUAUUCCUCCUUUCCAGCCUUCCCAAGGUGCCUACCCGACUUGUCACCUCCCUCCCACACUGUCAGAAUUGGAGGGAACCUUAGAAUAGAGAAUCUCAGAGCUGAGAGGGAAGAGCCUUAGGACAUGAAAGGUCCAAGCUGGAAGGGACCUUAAAAUGUAGCCUAUGAGAGAGCUGCAUGAGUCCUUGGAACUCUGAAUGGAGGUUUUCAGACCUGGGAGAGAAUUUCAAAUACAGAAUGUCAGAGCUGGAAGGACCUUAAAAUACAGAAUGUUGGUACCAGGAGGCCCCUUAUAAGAUAGACCAUCACAGCUGGAAGAAUGUUAGAACACAGAUCAUCAGGACUGGAAGGGGCCUUUAAAUAUCAAAUAUGAGAAGUGGACAGACCUUAGAGUGUGCAUUCUCAGAGCUAGAAGAGACUUUGGGCUGCAUAUCAUCACAGCUGGAGGGAAAUCUAGAACACAGAACAUCAGAACUAGGGUGGAGGGAGGUGUCUUAGAAUAUAAAGCACAGAAUGUCAGUGCUAAGAGAGACUUUAGGAUAUAGAACAUGCAAUGUAAGUCAGACAUGCAAAGUAAGAUCAUAAAGGUCAAAGCUAGAAGGGUCAUUGGAGCAUAAAACGUCUGAGCUAACCUUGGAACCUAGAAGGUCCAAGCCAGAAGAUGCUGCAAAGAUUGUCUAGUCAAAGCCCAUAACAUCACAGCUUUGUCUCCCCUUCCUGCCUGAGCCGAGAAGCUAAACUGUUCAGCUAGGACCAUCCCACCUAAAUGCUGAGAGUUGGGGGGACCAUCAGUUUACCCCCAAGGUAUUUCUGAGCACCGAGUAGACCAGCAUAAAGGAGGCUCAGUAAGGGCCAUGCCUUCUCUCAUUCCCUUCUCCACCUCUGCCCUUCUGCUUGGCCCACUCCUAGCCAAGAGAACAGGAUGGAACCAUCUGAAGGUUCCUGAGAUGAUGAGGCGAGGCCAGUGCCCCUGCCCAGCUCCUAUAAAGCUGCUGCCACCUCCCUGCUGGUGACCGAGUGCCAGCUUCUGGGUGAUCCCAGCAGAAAGUCAGCUCAUCCCCACCCUAGGAGUGGGAUUUGAUGGCUAGCAAAGGCCAUGUCCCCCAGGACCAGGCGUAGAGCUGCAGUUCCCCACGCUGGCCACCAGAUGGCAAAUAGACAUCAUGGACUGGUGGCCGCUGCCUGCCCGUGCUCCUGCAAAGAUGUGAGAUGGAGAAGAAAAAGCAGAUGCCCUAUAUGUCUGGGGUGGGCUGGGGAGGGGGAGGUGAAAGGGCACCCAGGGAAGGCUGCAGGUGUUCCCCAGAUCGCCUAGGUCCACAGUGGGGCAAGGGUCUUUGGAUUUGGGGGUGACUUCCAACCUGCCGUGUCCAGGAGGCUAAGGCUAUGCCCGCUGCUUAGAAUGCAGAUUCCUCAAGUUGGAAUGCGCUGCAGAGCCCACCCUUUCCAGCUGCCUCACUUCCAGACACAGAGGGACAUCAGAAUGAGACCGUCAGAGCUGCAAGGACCCUAGACCUUAGAGCCUAGAAUGGUGUACCCAGAGGGACCUUCUGAGCAGAGAGGGCCUUAGAGUAUCUUUGAAUGAGGCAGAAGUAAUUUGCCCAUGGUCACACCUGAAUUACAGAUAGAGCAGGGAUUUGAACCCAGCUCUUAAGACUGCGUAUCUGAUACAUGCUUACCAGCACCCUAGCCUGUCUUAGUAGGCUUUAGUGCUGAACCACCUUGCAUCACAGAUAAUAAUUCCCAGUAGCUCUGAGGCCCAGCCUUGCCAGGGCGUAACUCUGCCCUCUCUCAUCUUCACCCUGUGUCACCUUGGGCAAAUCACUUGAUUCUCUGGGCCUCAGUUUCUUCAUUAGAAAAAUACAGGGGUUGGGCGAGGUGACCUAUGGUCACUUCCAGUGCUCAGUCUAGGAUUCUUUCAUCCUGUGAAUGAAUGAAUGAAUGAAUGAAUGAAUGAAUGAAUGAAUGAAUGAAAAGGCUGGGCUUGUCUGAUCUGUAUUCUGUUCCCAGUUCUGUUAUUUCGUAACUAACCAUGUGACCUUGGGCAGCUUGUUUUAUCGCUGUUUCCUCAUUGGUGAAAUGGGAAGGUGAGGGAGUAGUCUAGAAGGUCCUUUCAGAUCUAAAGUCUAUGAUCCAAUCCAUGGCACAAAGGCUCAGGCUUGUGUGGAGGGGAGAAAUGGAACAGGGUAGGUGGUGCCCUCAGAAGAAGCCAGAGGAGAGGGGAGAGGGAGGGAUAGUAGGGCAGGGGAGAUUGUGGGUGAGGAUGCUCAGAGAAAGCCAAGAGAAUGAAGAAGCUGAUUAGGAGAGACUCUUCUCCCUCGGGGCCUCAGUUUCCCCCUCUGUAAAAUGAGGGGUUUGGACUAGACAGCCUGUAAGACCUCGGCUGGCUCUAGAUCCUGACAAGUGGGAGCCCAGGAGUCUGUAGUUUGGGGAGAGUGGAGAAGAGGGGAGGCCUAGAUGAAGGGAGGGCGCAUGCAGGGUUAAUGGGCUUGGGCUCUCUGCCGCUGGGCGCUUCAUGGGUCUCCCCCUUCCUUCCCUCCUCCCCUCCCUUGUGGGUGGGGGACCAGCCAGCCAGCAAGCCCCCAACCUUGCCAUUCUUAGCUAGUGAUUCCCAGCUGGGGUCAAACCAAAUCGUGUUAGAGUGGACAGGGCCAGCACAUCUCUGUUUCAGUGCCCGGCCUGUGCAGCUCUUAGCCGAUCAGGUGCAAAGAUGCUCUCUGGGUGGUAUCUUUUUUUUUCCUAAAGGGAUGGGGACCCACUGCUUCCUCCACCUUCUCCUCCUGUAUCCUGCCCAAACCUUCCCCUUACCUUGCAUUUUGGAUUUCGCUGUUGACCCUUCCUGUCCCUGCUUAAGUUUCUAUUUGAUGGUCAUUGCAGCUGAGGGAGGGAGGGAGGGAGGAGGAAACAGCAGAGAGGGAAGCUCCCUGCUCCCCGGCCUCCCUCUGGUCUUUAUCGGAUUGAGGCAUGAAUGGUUGAUGAGACCGUGCACAGGGCACCCAGCCUGUCCUCAGACCAAUGGGUGCCCAGCCGGCCAUCUGGGUAGGAGAGCCGAAUGGGGUCAGGAUGGAAGAGGCUGGCCAGAGGUAGGUGUGACCAGGACACAGGAGAAGCAGGGGGAUCGAUUGGAAGCAGUCCCACCAUCGCCCCAGGGACCUUGGGAAAGUCACCCGUGUAGCCAGUGGCUUGUUUUCUCCACUUGUGAAAUGGUGGUAAUAAUUAACGCUUCACUUACCUCACAGGGGAGGUUGAAAGGUUGCGGUCACUUGACCUGUGUCCAGGGGAGCCCUGGAUGCCCUUGGGUUUUGAAGGGGCUACCCAAGGGCAAUGUUAUCAUGCCUGCCCUGAGAGUGAGGCCUGCUUUACCCUGAGGCUGAGAUGCCCGGGUGUCCUGGGUCCCACCAGUCCCCAUUAGGAUGUGAGAGUCACCCAUGGUCUCUCUGGGGGAUGCUAGAGCUAUUACCUUUUUCAGGUAUGUCUUUUUUCUUGUGAUCAUCCUCCUGUAACUGCUGUACAGAGUUCUCCCCACCCGCCUCCCCCCAACCCCAGCCCUUCACCUAGCAAUGUGCCCAAGGGAGCCCUCAAGGCUCAGGUGGCCUCCGACCCCCAGCCCAGCUGGGCACAGGGGUGGGGACCCUGCUCUUUCUGUUCUGUUCAGUCCUCUUCCAGCAAGUGUUUUAUAAAAAAAGAAAAAAAGAAAAAAUUCACCACCACAAAAUAAAACAAACCACAAACCUCAACAUUCUCAGCGAAGAGAAAGGAAGAAAAUCUAAUGGAAAAAACCCCAUAAAAACCGUUUCCACCACACACACCCUCUAAGCCAGCGAGAUUUCCUCUUUGCAGAUUCCUAUUUUUGUGGGAACGGCCCCUGCUUUGUGUGGAGCGGGCCGUUCUGAUUAAUAAAGGACAGUGAAAAAGCAGGGCCUCUGCUCCUUCCUCCGCCGUGCCUCAGCACCCCCAGAAGAAGGACGAGAAGGAGACAAGGAGACCAGAUGGGGUGGGGUGGCUUGGGCUCUCUCCACCACACACCCUGUGUCUGGCCUCGGGCGGACUAUGGCUUCAGCCCGGGCUCAGCUUCCAAGGUCCGUUUGUUGGCUCCCCAGUUAUCAUCCCCCAAGGGGAAUUGUGAGCACCUUAGGGCCCCCUGCUGUUGUCCCUGCAGUCCUAGCAGGAGGAACGAAAGACUCACCCCCCUUCCCCUUGAUCCACACCUGGGGCAGAGCAGACCAGCCAGGACUGGAGGAGGGGGUGGUGUUUUACAGUGGCCCCACCAAAACUGCCCUAAGGGGAGGCCCAGCUGCUGGCCUCAUCUUCCCCAGAUGUUAGCGGGGAGGAAGGAGGAAUUAGGCAGGGCCCUAGGCCUGGUGGUCCUGGCCCCCUUAGAAACAGCAAUAGCUAAACAAGCAUUCUCUCCCCCACCCCAGCUCUGGGGAGCAGCCCAAGGGGGAGCGCUGGCCCCAAGCCUGCAAAAACUGGGUUCCAGUCCUGAGUCCUCCCCUUGCUGGCUGUGUGACCUUAGGCAAGUCACUUCUGUUCUCUGGGCCUCAGUUCCCCACCCCUAAAAGGGCAAUAAAGCACCCCAGCCCCCGUCCCUCCCAACGAGGAACUGAGGUCUGAGCUGUGCUCAGGGUUUCCUAGGAAGAAGGUGCUAAAUCAGCUUCCCUCAAGAGCACAAAAGGAAAUGCUGGUCUGGUUUUCUGUCCAUCCCACCCUGGUUCCUACCCCCGACCCUGAUCAUGGAGCUCUCAAGGAGUGAGGGCAGCUGGUUCUGCGCCUGCCCGGCACUCGGGCUGAGUUUAAAUAUCCCUUCAGACUUCAUGCUUUUUCUCUCUGGAAGUUGAUCCUUAGGCAGGGAGGGAAUGCCAGAAGGGGCCUUGGGGACCAUCUCGCACUGAGCGUCCCUGCAGUACCUGGCUCGGUGUCCCCUCCCUGCCUGGGGCAACUCCCCUUCCGGUGGAGCCAGGAGGAGCCCUGGGAGGGAGUUGCCACAUAGCUCGGCCCUGAGCAAAGGGAGGAGAGGCCCAGGGCCUUGAGUUUUUCCCAUGGAAAAUAGUCCCUGGAAAAAAUAAACAAAACACAAAAAACCAACUAGCCCUGGCGCUCAGGUAUUGCCCAUUCAAAGGUCUGGAGGUGCCAGGCCUGGCCACUUAACGCUUCGGGGCCUUGGGCAAGAUGCUUCCCAUUGGGGGGGGGUCCUACUUCGGUCCCACGAGGGACUAGGGCCAGAGGAAGUCAGAGGCCCUUCUUGUUCGGUCACUAGACCCCCCCCCAUUCUGAGGUCCCUCCCAGCUGGGAACCUUCCACGCCCCCUGCCUCAGUGACCCCAAGAGCCCAUCGUGGGGUCUCAAGGCAGGGGGCUUGCCCUGCCCUGGGUGCCAGUGCCCUCCUAGACCCCAGAUCUCCUUCAUCCCCAUGCAGCUCGUCUGACCCUGUGCUAGAUCCCAUUCUGCGGGCCGGGUUCACUUCCCCCAUCGAUUUAUUCCUCUUUCCUUUGUCUUCCUUGUGGUCCUCCGCUAUCUGUACUCCCUGAUCUCUGGAAGCUUAUCCUGAACAAUUCCCCAUUCCUCCCACCUCUACCCAAAAUCAAGGGGACAGGAUUGAAUCCACUUAUGUGCUCUGGGUGUUGGCUCUCCGGGGCCAUCUGUCUUUCCUUGGGUAUGUCCCCCACCUCCAUCCCCUCCCCUUCAUUUGUGUCCUGUGUGUCUCUGUCUUGUUUAGAUUGUGAACCCCAGGGGCAGGGACCCCUGUCUGACUCAAUGUUCUGUACGGCACCUGCAGGUGCCUGAAUAAAUGUUAAUCCAUGGA